GAUGGGCUGCCCGACCGAAACCCAGCAGCAUCCUCCGAGCCUGCCGUUCAUCGGGCCUUACCCACCGGCUACACUUUGGGGCCGCUGCCCAGCUCUGCCAGCUCUGCCAGCUCUGCUCGCCUCUUGCUUCGUCUCCAGCCUUUCCACGCCGCCAUGCUGGACCUCGCCAAUUCGUCGGUCACCGUGAUCUUCUGGGUGAUCCUGGUGCUGUUCUUGGUGAUAUACACCAUCACGCACUCGCCCUACCUCCAGCGCAUCUGCUUUCCGUGCAUCAGCUUCCGGCGGUUCCAGAUGGACAUGCUGGUUAUGGGCCAGCGCUCCGACAAUCCCACUGCCGAUCCCGAGGCUGCCUCUGCUGUCGACGAGGACCUGCCGCGAUACGGAGAAGUCACCGAGUCGGUGACGGUCAUCCCCCAGGGCGGCGCCGAUGCCGGUGCCCAGCAUUCCGAAUCAGACGUCCCAGGAACCGUUGCCUCUCCAUCCGGCAUCGAGAUUGUGGUGUCUGCGGACCAUGUCACCGAAACGAACCAACAAAGCUCACUCAUUGCCUCAUCUGGUCAGCCUCAUCCCACGGACCCGUCCGCCACAGAUGCAUCCGUUGUCUCUGCAAGUUCAAGUCCAGCGCAGGCCUCCCUGCAAGCCCCUGACCAUCAGGGCUCAUUACAAAACGGUGUGAUGAUGACGGUCAAUCAAAGUACCUCGAGUCUGGCUGUUCGCUGGAUAGACCGGCCUGCCGAUGUCCAGUCCGAAACCGCCUCCAGCCAGGCAGCCGCAGACAACCCUGCUGAGCAACUCCGAGGAUCCAUCAUCCGCCCUUCUUCUGGUAUCGGCUACUCAUCGCCCAAUCGAUCUGCCGUUGCUCUCCGGCCCCUCGCAGCCCGGUCGUCCUAUUCGAGCGACGCCGACACCAAUGCUUCUGCCAAUGGCGGGCCGGGUGUGGUCUCGAACCGGACCAGUAUCCAAACUAUGGCCUGGACCGAAGCCAGUUACGAGAUGGGCUCAGUCGGCGGAUCCUCGCUGGCGCCUCCUGGCGUUCAGCCUCCUUCCUACGAGGAGCUUGCCCAGCAAGAGUCGGGGUCUGAGCCGUUCCCAAGCAUAUCCAACACCCCAUCACUCCGCCGGAUCGAAGUCGGAUUUGGCCCUCGCAGCCAGGUCCUCGGUCUUUCCGACUCGGCCAGAGACACACUCGUCGGACAGCACCGAGGGGCCAACAAGCGCUCCUCGGAAAUUCUGAAUCGACGUCUGUCGCAGAUGUAACUUUGUGAUUGGUGCCGAUGUGGCACCGACAUCGCUGUCGCCUCACUCGCUCCUCGUAGUAUCCCUCUACUCAGUCGCUCCUCGUAGUAUUCCUCCACCCACUCGUUCCUAUCCAUCCACCAGCCCCAUUUUCAGUCUGAUUGCAUGUCCACCCGCACCCCGUCUUCAUUUCCCCUGUUCCUUGUUUGCUGGUCGGCUUCCCUGUCGCCUGUCCGCAUAGUAGUUUUGUUAUUGCCCUGACCCACGCUUCAUCUCCCCCGAGCAUCGUCGCAAAGCACCUUGCAGCUGUCUUGUCGUCGUGAUUAGCCCGAUUCGGGCUCGUUCGCAUGCAUACUAGAUUCAGCGAUACAGUUUUUUCUCCGCCCUGCGGCUAUUCCCAG